GUUUGUCAAAAUGAAGAGAAGAACCAUUCCACAGAAGAACUUAGCAAGUCUGAAAUCCAAGAGGAGCUGAAAAAGGCUAACAGCCUUCCUAGUUUGACUCCUGGAAUCAAAACAGGAGAGAAGCCACCCCGAGAAGAAUCUAAACCCUCUACCUUCCAAGAUGAACCAAACAGAUGUAAAAAGGAUUUACAGAACACAAACACCCUUCCGGAGGACGUGCAGCCAAAGCGUCCGAAAACUGAAGAGCCUAUCUGUUCUACAGCUAGAAUAAAAGAGGAUUCUGUAAACAAAGAUGAUGCCAUCUUAAAUAAUAUUGGGAAAGAUACCGCGCAGGAUCUGCAAGGAGGCUGGAAACGAUCGGCAGAUAUGCAAAAACAAAUAAGAACCUUGAAGAUUCAGCUGAAGGCCCAAUAUGUAGUGAACCAGACGGGGCAGUCGGAGCCUGCAAGUAAACGGAUGAGAGGCAGCCAGUCAGCCCCUACAAAGCAGAUGCAACGGAAGCCAGAAGCACCCGCAGUCACUUAUGCAACAUACCGAGGUUCUGCAAGGAUUAGGCAGCUCCUGAAGAAUCAGUCAGAAAUGGCUGGAAAAGGAGAAGAAAACGCUGAGAACAGAAAUGGUUCAGUGGUCAAAGAAAAUGGAGAGAGCCAAACUGUCUGUUCAAAAUCGGGACACUUAAUAAAAGAAAAUGGAGAUGAUGAGAGUAAUGAUCACGACGAUGAUGUCGUAGUAAAUGCUUCUGCAGUUAAAAUGGGAGCAAAAAAGUCUGGUAAAGCUCAUCACUGCUUGGGUAGCAGUAAACAGGAAAUAGCUGCAAAGACCACAACUUCAUCUAGUGAAUCAUGUAAAGAGGUAGACUUAAAAAAUACACCUGCUUUAGCUGCAACCAAAGUUAAAAGGACGUAUUCACUAGAUUCAUUACUGUCAUCUAGUAAUAGAAACAGUGAAACUCUAACAAAUUCCACUUCCCAGAUUACCAAUUUCCUUAAAAUGAGUUCUGCAAACGCUUUGGUUGGAAAAGAAGUUGGACUGCUGGGAGAAGCAGAAGCUUGGAUUCCGACAGACAAAAAUGCCACUUCUAAUUUUGAGAAAGAAAAACAUUGUAGUAAAGCGGCUAAUAAAAAGUUCACCAAAAAAAUGCAGGAUGAUUGUUUACAUUCACCCAAAUCAAAAAAUGAGGCCGUUAAUGAAGAGCUACAGGUGAGCAAGGGAGAAUAUUGCUGUAAUCACCAAAUGGAUAGCCACUUGGAUCUAACAUCAGAUGGCCAGGUGCUUCAUUCCAGCACCACUUUUCAGCAGCAGCAAGCAGAUCAGCGUACAGGUAGUGCAAAUAGCAAUCCGAGGAAAAGUGAUACACAGAAAAUUGUGGCAGCUGGAGAGAGCGAGCAGAAUCCACAGGACUUACUUGCUACUGUUCUUUUACCUUUUAAUGAACAAACACCCACUUCGCUUAGCGUGGAGUCCAAAGGAGAAGAAUGCAUAGCCACAGGUAAUCUAACUCCGUCAGUGUCAUCUGUUAAAAACAAUGAAGAAGUGGACGCCACAGAACAAAAAAAUCUGGAGGUUUCUCAUUCUGCCUUGAGAUAUGGAGGAAGACCUUCGACCAACCGUUCUGGUUUCAUCUGUGGAAAAAAAGUUGAUAGAGACAUUUCUGAAUUUCCACCUGUUUCUGAAGAUAGGCAUAUUAAUUUUUCUUCCAAGCAAAACAACAAUAAGCCUAGGAUAUCGCCCACAGUACUUGAUCCUUCAGCUGACAACCGAGGAAAAAUGCUUUCUCCUGCCCCUAACUCUGAAAAUGGCCAGAUUGCUAGAUGGUCUGCUGCUUCUGAGCAGGACAGCUUUAUUGUUCCAGCUGUUGAGUCUACAAGAAUCCCUGUGGAGGGAAUGACCAAGGUGCCACUUUGGUCAGGGGACCCGAGAGCUUUGUGCCCAGCUGGUUCUCUGGAACCUGAGCUUACUCCAGCUAUGCUUGAUCGUUCUGCUGCUGGAGCAGUUGUGGGGGAUGUUUGCAUCCCCAGACCCUCCUCACCUGUUCUGGGAUCCAGAGAAGCCUCCAACCUUUCUGGUUCUGCCUUGGAAAGAUUGCAAGUUGCUCAGGGCAACAGUAAUUCCUCCAGUGACAGAGCUGGCGUGGCAGAGGCAGUGCCGUCACCCAUCUGUCCGUGGAAAUCUUUGGAAACGACAUCUGAAUUGGCCUGUACUGAGACCGUGUGCAGAAAUCCUGUGGGACAGGUGAAUUGUGGUAACCACGCUUCUUCUAUGUCAAAUGAUCCAACAGCUGCUGCACCUGCAGAGCCAAAUGAGUCCUGUCCUGAGAAAGUGCGGGAAGAUAUUGAUGUGAAGGGACAAGACCAUGCUAAAUUCCAAGAUGCUGCUGUUUUGUUUAAAAAGGCUGAGGAAAUAGUGGACUCAGUUUUACACUUGGCUAUAGAAGAAAUAAUAGCAAAACAAGCCAUCUGUGUCUGCCAGCUUUGUGGGAGCAAGGAUGGUUUAAUAAAUACAGAUAUUCUAAUUGAUCAGAAAGCUGGAACUGUACAGCCAGAAGCAAAAGAAAUGCAGUCAGCUGUGCAGUCAUUAAAACAUUUUAAUGAGAGCAGUGGAGGAGGCUCAGCUUCAUUUACAGGAAAUGAAACAGUGGGUACAAUUAAUCAAGAUGAAAAGAUACUAUCUUGCAUGCCUGAUAAAAUUGACCUACAUAGUGCACUAGCACUAAAAGCAAAAGAAAUUAUUGAUGAAGUCAUUAACUCAGCCAAACAAAAACUGGCAUCCAAUCAGUGGCAAGGCAGUGAGAGUAAAAGGGCUUCUGAAAAGAUUGAGCCUAAGGCUGAAAACCCAAAUAUUGUAAAACUGGAUAUGAAGUUACCUGCUGAAAUACAGGAACCAACAGAGAGGGCAGAAACUCAGAGUGUAGCUGUCAACGGUGAAAAGGCAGAUUGCUCAGGUCCUCCUUUACUUCCAAAUGGUAUGGAAAAUGGCAUAGAUUGCCCCCAGAGAGGUGAAAUACCAAAUAAUGCAUUUACAUGUCAAAAAAGCGUUUUUCUACCCACUGGUAGUUCAGCAAGGCCAGAAUCGGAUCUUACGACACCAGCCAGAGAGACACGUGCUAGAAAGGUGUGCGAACAUCUGCCUGCAGCAGAGUUGUGUGGCAGAGCUGGAGUAUCAGCAACUGGUAGAAAAUCUGAUGGAUCUUUAGGUUUAAUACACAGAGAUGCUACUGUGACUGAAGAGAUGCUUCUGUCAUUGCAGUUGAAAGAUUCAUGCCAUGAUACAAAAAUGCCAGAGCACACAUUGCUGCCAGCUGUAAAUGUUAAUUUGUCAUCUUUUAUGCCUGAUGAAGAAUGUACCAGCAUGCAGAGUGAAUCCAAAGACAAAAGCAGUCAUGGGGGUUCUCUGGAAAGCAGAGCAGAGGACAGUCCAUAUGAACACUGUGGAAGAGAGUCUGCAGAAGCGCCUGCACAAGUACCAGCCCCCUUGGAAAAUCCAGAGGCAGCGCAGAGUGAAGAGGAGCUAGCAGAAGGGGCAAGUGAGGUAGAAGAGGUUAAUACUGGAUUAAAUAUGCAGUUUGCUGUACCUGAAUUGUCUGUUAUUGGAGAGGAUAACGAAGAGAAAAACUUCUUCAAUGCAAUCUUUGCCCAAAGUAAUGAGAAUCUGAAGCAGGUACAAAUGAAGUAUCAAGACAUGAAGAGAAACGAUCAGCUUGAAGAAAACGGUCUGGACUGUAGUGAUGAUAUGAAGGCAUCAGCAGAUCCUUUGGCCUUUUCUCCACUAAUUGAACAGUGGGAAAACAGUUCUUUUACUAUAAUUUAUGAAGGUGCCCUUCAGACUGAGAACAAAUCUGUCUCAACUGAUGAUAUCCAGACUGGUUCACUUUCUUCUUCUGUUCUGCCCUCAGAUAACAGAGAUCAUCUAACGUGUGAGAGAACAAAGAAUAGACGUGAGCAAGCCUGUCUUUAUGGGAAGGAUAGCAGGUUGAGUGAAACAACGGAUAGCCAUGGUUCAGAGUCAUUUCUGAGCGUGGAGGCCAAGCGCUACAGAGUAUAUCCUUUCUCUUUGUCUCCAAUAUAUGAAGAUGACAGCUCCCAAGAAGACUUGCUUUCCACAGACAUCUCGCCAGAAGGCUGGCCUAGUGGGUCAUCUAAAGAUAACACUGACCACACCUCUGUGCUGUCCCUUCUCCAGUCGGUGUCUGAGCGCUUACAGUUUACUACUCGGUUCAGUGAAGGGGAUGAGGAGGAAGGAGUGGGGGACGAGGAGGAGGAAGAAUCAUCAUAUGAAGAGAAUACGCUUGGCAUUGAGAGAGAAGACGAAUGUCUUUCCAGUCAGUGGACAGGGAAUUUAAAAACCACCCCUCAAUCAAACGAUCAAAGUCGAUCUUUGUUUCCUGAACAAUCACCUUUUUUAAAAGAACAACUUGUCUCUAAGGAGCAACCAGAGCUGUUCCCAGAUGCAGCUUCUCCCAGUCAAACGCCAUGCAAGCCAGUCUCACAGAAAGCUGAUGCUGCUCUAAAGUGUCCUCCUACAAGUGUCUACUACCAGUAUUUGAAAUCUGCCAGCAAGUGCUCCUCUGAGAAAGGGACCAGGUUUGGAAGCAUUCUCCAGGACAUGUUGCAACCAAAGAGUCACUGGUUUCAAGACAACACCAUGCCAAAACUGGGGGAAUUGUCAGCAAACCUUAUUGACAGGGCAAGUCUCAAAUACAAUCCAAGACCGGGAAAGAUUAUUAUUUGUGAUGUUUAUGGUGACAGAAGUAAACAAGAAGUUCAUUCUGAUGUGCUAGAUACCACGUCCUGGAUCUUUCCCGUCGGAGCAUUACUUAGGAUAAUUAGAGGAUGUUGGAUUUUUUAUGAGAAACCAAAGUUCCAGGGUCGGAAAUAUGUACUAGAAGAAGGAGAGACUGUGCUGGAUCAUCUUUGGGAUCUUCCAGGCGUGAAACAUCGUCGGAGAAACCUCACAGUUGGUUCAAUCAAACAUGUAACAAAGGACUGUGGCAUACCAGAGGUAGAGUUCUGCCUGGGAACCAGCACAGGAGGACUUUCUGUCUGCAUACAGAGUGCAGUUGCCAAUUUAGAAGAAUUGGAUGUUGAGAAAAACCCUUAUAUACAUGUCAAGUCAGGAGUAUGGCUUGCUUAUUCAGACUUUAAUUACAAGGGAGAGAUGAAGGUUUUGGAAGAAAGCGAUUCACUAUCUGAAAUUCCCUCAGCAGACGUGAAAUCUCUGCGUCCCUUAAAAAUGGGUGGACUGAAGGUACAGAUGCCAAUGAAUGUCAAGCUAAUAAUAUAUGAGAAAACCCACUUCGAAGGAUGGUCCAAAGAGUUUUCAGAAAACAUCAGUUCUGUCCCAGUUCUGUUUCGCAGUGAAGAGGAGUUUCGGGAAAUUGGAUCAAUACGUGUAAUUGGUGGAGUGUGGGUUGCCUAUGAUAAGGAACGCUACAAAGGCCGUCAGUACUUGCUGGAGGAGGGAGAUUAUGAAGACAGACACUCAUGGGGAGGAACUGACAGUGCCCUCCUGUCUUUCCGGUUCCUUCAGGCCGAUUUCAUAGAGUCAUCAGUGGCACUUUUUCAGUCCGAUGAUGAAGACGGGAAAGCAUUAGACAUCACCAAUGAAGAAAUCCCGGAUUUGGAGCAGGCUGGAUUUGGCCCAGAGACGAGGUCGAUUCUUGUCAGAAGUGGAGUGUGGGUCGCCUAUCAGCAGAAAUACUUCUGUGGAGAGCAAUACGUACUGGAGAAAGGAAAAUACAAAUGUUUCUUUGACUGGGGAGGAUCUAGUAAAACCAUCAUGUCAAUUCGACCUAUUAAGUUGGAACCAUUGGGAACGAAUGAGCCUCCACAUUUGCUCAAAGCUUUCAGUAAUACACAUUUCCAAGGAGCAUGUAUAGAUUUCACAGCAGAAGUUUCUGAUUUUACAUCAUUCAUACCAUGUUCUUUUAAGGUUCUCCGGGGAUGUUGGCUCCUGUAUUACCAAGGGGAAAUCGCUGACAAUCACUGUGUGCUGGAAGAAGGCCUCUACGUUGACCUCAGUUCCUGUGGCUGCCCGACUGCUACAAUCAAAUCCCUCAAGCCUAUUCAAUAUGUUUUCGCUGAGCCCUCCAUCAGUCUGUUCGCUCUAGAGUGCUGCAGGGGCAGAGAGCUGCACUUCAGUGAACCCAUCAACUCUGUUCUGAACGAGGACCUUCAUUUUUACACGCAGUCCGUGUGGGUGAGAGGUGGAUUGUGGAUUGCAUACGAGGGAUGUAAUUUUUUAGGAAAGCAGAUUCUGCUGGAGCCCAGUGAGAUUUCCAACUGGAACCAACACAGUGGCUGGAAAGUAAUUGGCUCCCUCCGUCCCGUAAAGCAGCCAGCGGUAUACCUGCGAGUGAAGAACCGCGCCCAGGGUAAAUACCUGACGGUGGCCGGAAGCCUGGCAGACGUGAGAGCAACGUCGGUGUGCGCGUCCCCGUACACUGGCAAGAACACCCAGGUCUGGCACUACUCUCAUGGACUCUUCAAAUCCAAGGCUAACAACGCCUGCCUGGAUGUCAUCGGUGGCAGAGAUGUGCCUGGGGCCAAAGUCGCGCUCUGGGCCGAACAUGGGAAGGACAGGCAGAAGUGGAGGCUCAGUGAGGAUGGAACCAUCCGGUCGUACCUCAGCGACCAACUGGUGCUUGACAUCAAAGGAGGAAACCAUUAUGACAAGAAUCACAUCGUUAUGAACCAGCCAGUAGACGACAGACAGUCCCAAAAAUGGGAUAUUGAAAUACUGUGAGUAAAACCCGCCCGCAGACGGACCUCGUGUGGGUUAUUGACAUCUGG